CUCCCCAGGUAUAAUACUGUAUAGCCCCAGUCCCUCCUCCUCCUCCAGCUGCUCCCCUGUGGCUGCCAGGGAGCCUCAGAGGACGAUGGUCACCAGCCAGGCUCUGGGUUCCAAUCCUGGGAGCCCUCAAGGCAAGAGGCGCCGCUCAGACUCAGCCGAAGAUUUGACCCCAGAGGAACGGGGCAGAGGCGGCCUCCUCCAGCAGCUCAGGGCCCCGGUCAAGAGAAGCAAGACGACGACGACGACGACGAGGAAGAGGCUCCCCUCCGACCGGGCCUCCUCCUCCUCUCCGGGCCUCAGCCCCCUGGACAGGCAGGCCUUCCGCGACUACGGGCAGAGCUGGUACCGCUUCAGGAAGGCCCUGGAGGGCAAGUUCCAGCCCCGGGACCCGCUCGCCCAGCAGCCCCAAAUAACUGCAGAGGCUCGGUGCAAACUGAUCAGCUGGCUCAUUCCAGUGCACAAACACUUUGGCUUCUCUUUUGAAUCUUUAUGUCUGGCUGUAAACACUUUAGACCGCUUCCUCACUACCACCCCAGUGGCUGCAGACUGCUUCCAACUCUUAGGGGUCACCUCACUCUUCAUCUCUUGCAAACAGGUGGAAGUGCACCCACCCAAAGUAAAACAGCUCCUGGCCCUUUGCUGUGACACUUUCUCUCGCCAGCAGCUCUGCAACCUAGAGUGCAUCAUUCUAAACAAGCUUCAUUUUAACCUGGCAGCCCCCACUGUUAGUUUUUUCCUGGAAUACUUCACCCAUAUGCGGAUGGAAGUAUGUGAGGCGGACGCCUGGGAGGCCAACAGUGCCAAAGCUCUGGCAAAAGGUGUGGCUGAACUUAGUCUGGCUGACUACGCUUUUAACAAAUACAUGCCUUCCUUGUUGGCAAUUUGCUGCUUGGGGCUGGCAGAUCAGAUGUUGCAGCACCAGAAACCAUUGGACUUGAAGUUAAGUGACUAUCCAGAGGGAGUUAUACAAGAUUGUCUGGACAAGCUACACUUACUGGUGUCUUUGAAUGAGGAUUCUUUGCCUCUGGUACUACCCCCUGAGAUUUCAGACCAAUGUUUGAAUUUAGAAAAAUGAGUUAGCCAACCAACCAACCAAAAAUACUUGAAACACUGUGUGUGAACAUGCAUUUGGAAAGAGUUUUUCCUUUUUGCCAGUGCAUGUAUGGGAGUAUCACUGAUAGUUGUAAUACCUCUAAAGUAACAGUAUUCAUGUUGUACUUUUACUCAGUCUUUUCAACAAGUUCUACAUGGUAUUUAUAUGUAAUAGCUCUGGAAGCUAUAAUAUUGAUUUAAGAUAUAAUCAAUUAAGCAGUAGCUUCUCUAAUCUAUUAAACAUCAUUUCAGAUUCUAUUUUGCACAGUAGACUUGUAUAUUGCACUGAUAUUAUUUGAAAUAACUGGACUUGUAAACAGUGUAUAUAUUAUGCCUACAUUUAUUUAUUGAGAUGAUAGUUUAUUGCUAAGCCAUAGGAACUACUAUGUUAUUGU